UUCGCGAUUUCAAGUUGUUGGAAAAAGUUCUUGAAAAAAUUGUCUUUCCUUAAAAUUGAUAAAUGAAACUUUGAUACAAAUAAAGAACAAUUUUGCUGAUAAUUUUUUCGAAAAUAAAUAUCCACAGCAAAGAAUAUAUAUUUCUCUUCUACGAAUUGAAUCGUCAUAUCAACACCGUGGUCUUUUCCUCUUCUUUUCAAUACAAAAGUGCCAAUUUGAAAUGUUACACCAAAAUUGAACAUAUCGUUUUGAGAAAUAUUUAAUAAAUCAAUUAGAAUUAAUUGGAGUGUAAUUUAGUUAGCUGUUGCUGUUUGAAUAGAACAGACGGUGUUAUUCCAAUCAAAAUUAAGUACAACGAACUCACGUAUCACUUAGAAAUAUGGCAGAGAAAAAAGGCCAAGGUUACCUGAAAUAUGUCUUUGGAGGAUUGUCUGGAAUGGGAGCCACAGUGUUUGUUCAGCCCUUAGAUCUUGUGAAAAAUCGAAUGCAACUUCAAGGUGUCGGCGGGGCGCAAAAGGAAUACAAAAACACGUUCGACGCAUUUACGAAAAUCUUAAAGAAGGAAGGAGUCGUCGGUAUUUACAAAGGACUAGGCGCUGGGCUACUGAGACAAGCCACGUACACAACCACACGGCUGGGUGUUUAUACUGGACUGAACGAGAAAUAUCGACAAACGACGAACAAGGCGCCAAAUUUACUCGCUUCAAUGGGAAUGGGUAUGAUUGCUGGAGCGUGUGGCGCAAUGGUUGGAACACCGGCUGAAGUGGCACUGAUUCGAAUGACAGCAGACGGCCGGCUACCAUUGGCCGAACGAAGAAAUUACAGUGGAGUGUUCAAUGCACUCAUUCGUAUUACACGUGAAGAAGGAAUUCUCACGCUGUGGAGAGGUUGCAUUCCCACAAUGGGUCGAGCUAUGGUCGUUAAUAUGGCUCAACUAGCUUCAUACACACAAGCAAAACAGUAUUUGGUGAGCACAUUCGAAAUGAACGAGGGAAUCAAAAUGCACUUUGUCGCUAGCAUGAUAUCUGGUUUCAUAACAACUGCUGCUUCGUUACCAGUUGACAUUGCUAAAACAAGAAUCCAGAACAUGAAAACCGCACCGGGCGGCGUACCUGAAUACAAGGGAUCAAUUGAUGUUCUAAUCAAAGUAUCCAAACACGAAGGGGUAUUCUCGUUGUGGAAAGGAUUCACACCAUACUUUGCUCGUCUGGGUCCGCAUACCGUCAUCACAUUCAUUCUGAUGGAACAGAUGGCCACGUAUUAUCAGAGCUAUUUGGCCCAAUCGAAGGUGUAAUUUGUCGGCUUGAGGGAGAGUUGUGAGAAUCGUUUUUGGAAUGAGAAUCAACGAUGCAGACGAUCAUACGUCGAUUAAUUGCAAUUUAAUUUCACUUUUUUUUUUGUUGAACGGAAACUGGAUUUAUAAUUACCUCGAAUGAACAUUCUAUUUUACUUUUUACAAAUCUUUUAUUUUUGUUAUAUUGAAAAUUCUAUUUUGUUUCUGUCGAGACUUGGUCUACGUUUAACGAGAUCAGAUCAAUUCUACUUGUAAAUAAUUAAUAAUUUUAUGUGAGAAUUUAGAAUUCUUAAUUUUCGUUUAGAAUGUGAUAUGCAAAAGAAAACAAUUUUGAGUCAACUUAACAGCGGAACAACUGUGCCAACCGCUCAGUCAUGAAACGACAAUAAACUGUACAUUUUUUGUGGAAUAAAUUUUGUCUGAAGUUUAAAAA